AUGCAACCACCACGCAUUCUAAUCCGCCGCCUCCUCACACUCCGUACCUCGAAAUUUCCUCCUAUUUCUCGCCGAUUUACAAGAAAUACGAACCUCGCGUCCCGAGGGCGACCCCAAAUUCCAUUCCUAUCAGUACCACUAGCUAGGAAUCAUCAAUUCCGAUAUCUCACCACCGAGCGAAAACGAUGGUUGGCCUAUGAGGUUUUUCUCGGAUUCAAGUAUACUGUGUAUAUCUGGGCCAUUGCUGGCUUCUCUAUCGCUGGCUACUGGAGUAUACAGCAGGAGUGGCUUGAAAGGAAAUACCCGACGCCGCACGAAUGGCACUUCAUAACCCGACUGCGAUUCAGACUCGCGAAAUGGGCCCCCGACCGAACCGAUUCGCCGGACAUCGACUGGGUCCUUACUGGAAACUAUGCUAAAAAUGUAAUCGAAAGGUUAGAAGAUGAGAAGGUCGAAGGUGCCGGCCUUGUGCAGAGCCAAACCGAAGGGGGAGGAUAUGAUAUAACAUCAAAAAGCGAGCCAUGGAGGAGAGGCUAUUACGAGGCCUUGAUGUUGUGUGCUAAAGCGGCCGAACAUCUCGAUGACCAGAUUGUGGAUAAGACGCGGCACCUAGUGUUCCCAGCCAACCAGGUCAUAGGACCAUCAAACCCGAGCCCGAGGCCUAUUUCGCCCGGUUCACAAAGCGCGCCUCGCGAAGAGCAUUGUGAGCGUGCCUUCGAAGAGCCCGAAACUUUCUACAAGAAAAUACUAGCGACCCAAGGUUUCACGUCUAAGCAGAAGUUGGAUGCGGCAUUAGAGUACGCCUCGUGGUUAGACUUCAAGGGUCUCCCCGACGCCUCCGAGCUUACAUACGAAUGGGCACUGGCAUUAGCUACAGAAAGUUUUCCCCCUCCAUACGACAUGAGGUCAUACGUCCUACAGGAUCUCUCACGCCAACCCUCCGCCAAUCUCCUCACCACCCUCACCGCUCUCGCCACACACAAGGCGCGCGAAGGUGACACCGCCACAGCCCUCCCAAUCCUAAUCUCCGUCCUCCGCGCACGCAGAUCCCUCCCGCUUCCGCAGCCCCCAAAGAAACCCACAUACAUCAACCCCGACGAAAUCCAGUCCUCUUCCCCCUGGACCCUGCACAACAUCACCGGCGCAGCCACCCGCCUGCUCUCACCCCCCGCAUAUCCCCCACCCCCGGAUGACGGUACAUCCCCUCCAGUCCGGGACGCAAAGGAGCUAUGCGAGGAGGCCAGUCUGAACCUGUAUAUCGGGGAGAUUAUCUACGCCUCGUCCUCCGGUACUACCAAGGCUCGCGAAGACGGCCUGGCCUGGACACGUGAAGCCGUCGACCUAGCAGAGGAGCAGCUGCACAAACUAAACACUAGCGGGGACACCCGUGGUGACGCCAAGAAGACGUGCAAGGAAUGCCUACUCGCCGGCCUCGAGAACUGGCAGAUCAUGGUGGCACAACUCGCACGCGAGGAGCAAGAGAGAGAGGCUUUGCUGGAAAACAGGGAGUCAGCAAGAGCGGGUAGCAGCUGGUUGGCAAGUCUAUGGGGAGACGGCAGGGCUGGGACCACAGCUGGAGGACGAUGGACUGCAGAGAAGAAUGUGGUUAAGGAAAGGAUUAGGAGGGCACAGGAUGUGCUGGAGGAAUCGGAAGCGCCUACGGCCGGGUUUGGUGCCUUGUUCCAGGCAUGA